AUGGACCUAGAGUUUCAACUCCAAUUAGUACAAAAGGAUUUUUUGUUUACCUUCCAACAGCACAAGGUGUUAGGCCGAUCAGCAAAGAUUUUGGCGCUCAUACCUAAAGAACAUGCCGAAUCUGAAGCAAGUGAAGUUUCUACUGACGAAAAUGAAGUGCUUGAUAAUUCUGACGCUGACUCAUAUGUUUCCUCAUCAGCGCCCUCGUUGUCAUCCUCGCUAGAACGACUGAAUAUUUCAAAUAGUUCUGAAAAUGACCAUGAGCUUAUUUACAACAAUGUUGUAAAUAGUUAUGAGGUACAUACAUUGCAGGAUGUAAAUGUCCCAUUAACACCUAUUAUGCGGGAAGUAAUUGAUCAAGAAAAUUAUACUGAUAUUCCGUCUAUUUCGUCUAUUCCAUCUUUGCCUACACCAGUACCCACAACGCGAAAAACUCGAUCAAGACAACCUAAAAUUGCCAGUAAAAAGCGCAAAGUUGUCAAGAAAUUUUCCCUGGAAUAUACAUGGCGUCGUGCGCUUUUCCAACAUAAAGCCGAGAUGGAAAUUAUUAACGAUAAUGACGAAUACGAGGACUUAGAUCCUAAAAGUUCAGCAAUGAAAUAUUUUCUAAAAUUCUUCUCGGAUGAUAUAUUUAUAGACAUUGUUACUGAAACAAACAAAUUUUCAGUGCAGAAAUCUGGAAGAUCUAUUGACUUAACUGUUGACGAAUUUCGUGACUUUUUGGCGAUAAAAAUUAUGAUGGGAAUUGUUGUAAUGCCAUCAUAUUUAGACUACUGGUCUAAACAAUUAAGAUACCCACCAAUAGCCGAUCUUAUGACCCUAAAAAGAUAUCAACAAAUCCGUCGAUAUUUACAUUUUGCCGACAGUAAUUUCGAAACUUCGGAUAGGUACUAUAAAGUUCGGCCCCUUGUUGAAAAAAUCAAGAAAAAUUGUCUUGCUCAAGAAACUGAGAAAGAAUUUAGUGUGGACGAGAUGAUGAUUCCCUACAAAGGUAAGAAAGCUGGUAAACGACGCCAAUAUAUGAAAGAUAAGCCAAAUAAGUGGGGUUUUAAAAAUUUCGUCCGUGCUGGUGUCAGUGGAAUGAUAUAUGACUUUAUAUUAUACGGCGGAGAAGACACAUUCCGUUUUCAUAGUUUCACCGACGACGAAGCAACUUUAGGCUUUGGCGCACAAAUAGUGUUAGCUCUUUGUCAGUCAAUAAAAAAUAAACCGUCAACCGUAUGUUUCGACAACUUUUUUGCAUCGCCGGAGUUGGUCUACAUUUUGCGCGAAAAAUACGGCAUUUUCUCUUUGGGAACUAUUCGUCGUAAUCGACUGCGAGGGGCUGAUGAAAAACUUACUAGCGAGAAGGUGCUGAAAAAGAAAGCCCGAGGUAGUUUCUCCGAAGUUGUCUGCAAUACCAACAAAUUGGCGGUACUACGUUGGCAUGAUAACAAAUGUGUCACCUUCAUAAGUUCAUAUACCGACUCUCAACCGGUACAAAAAAUUAAACGCUACUGCAAAAUUGCUAAAGCUAAAAUCGACGUGGAAUGCCCUAAUAUGGUGAAAGUUUAUAAUAAAACUAUGGGUGGCGUAGAUUUAGCAGACAUGCUUAUAUCUCUAUACAGAAUUCCAUUUAAAAGUCGAAGGUGGUACUUGAAUAUCUUCACACAAAUUCUUGACAUAUGUAUAAACAAUGGGUGGCUUUUGUAUAAAAAAACUGUUGCUCAAAAGAUCUAG